GUGUUCAGUUAAAAGGUCACAGUUAGAGAGCGCGUGCCCUCCCACUUCAUUGUAACAGGUUUAUCAUGGCAUCAGAGGUGCGAGACACCUUAAAUAAAACCAUCAGGUUGUCACUGAGCAUGGUCCGAAUUUAGAAAUGUAGAUUUGGGAGGAGGGUUAGGAGGACUGCGAUAAAAGGCAAAAGGUGUCUGUCUCUUUUGAGGGUUUCGCUACUUCCAGUCCAAACCAAACUGACGUCCCAAUGAGGUCCGGUUGGCUCAAAGGAUUAUUGCUGGCCGUCUUUGUGACGGCGGCCCUCCUGUUCCUGAGCUCCAUUGGAAGCCACAAGAGGGACAACUACGACAACUCCAUCAGGGAGAAAAAGAUGUGGCAGAAGUUGGAGCAGGGCAUGGACCGGCUACUCGACCUGGUGGAGAAACUUGAACCAAAAGAGUCGUCAAUCCAGCAGAAGCAAGUCAAAGUAGUUAAGAAGGUGGCGGGGAAGAAACUCUUCCCCAACUCAGGUCUGUUCAAGACGUGGGGCGAUGGGAUGUCGGAGGAAGAGCAGAAAGAGGCAGAGAACCUGUUCGGCAGAUUCGGUUACAACGCCUUCCUCAGCGACAGGCUCCCGCUCAACAGGGAGAUACCCGACACAAGGCCGGCCAGAUGUGCUGAAAAGAAGUACCCGGAUGAUCUACCCAGCUUGAGUGUGGUGUUGAUCUACCUGGACGAAGCUCUGUCCGUCAUCAAGCGAGCCAUUCGUAGCAUCAUCGACAAGACACCCGCUCGUCUCCUGAAAGACAUCAUACUGGUGGACGACCACAGCACCAACGAGGACCUGAAGGAGAAGCUGGAAGCGUACAUCAACGUCAUCCACGAGGAACGUCCGGGCCUGAUCAAGAGAAUCCAGCACACUGAGCAACUGGGCCUCACUCAGGCCAGACUGUCGGGAUGGAAGGUGGCCACGGGCGAUGUGGUGGCCAUUUUGGAUGCCCACAUUGAAGUCCACGUGCAAUGGGCAGAACCAUUGCUGGCUCGCAUCAAGGAGGACCGAACUGUCAUUGUGACACCCGUCUUUGAUAAAGUCAAUUAUGAUGACUUGAAGGUGACCCGCUACGGUCCUGCUGCCGAUGCCUUUGACUGGGCCCUGUGGUGCAUGUACGAGUCCUUCAGGCCUGAGUGGUACGAGCUCAAGGAUGAGUCGCAGCCUGGCAAGAGUCCGUCUGUCAUGGGGAUACUUGUCGCAGAUAGCAAGUUCUUUGGAGAGAUCGGAAGUCUGGACGGAGGAAUGAAGAUAUACGGUGGUGAGAAUGUCGAGCUGGGCAUUCGGGUUUGGCUGUGCGGUGGCAGCGUGGAAAUCGUCCCUUGCUCCAAAAUCGCACACAUCGAGCGUGCGUCCAAGCCGUACCUGCCGGACUUGAGCGUCACCAUGAAGCGCAAUGCACUGCGGGUGGCCGAGGUGUGGAUGGACGAAUACAAGUACAACGUCAACAUCGCAUGGAACCUUCCACUGGAGAAUCACGGCGAGGACAUCGGCGAUGUGUCUGAGAGGAAGAAGCUGAGGGAGAAGCUGAAGUGCAAGCCCUUUAAGUGGUACCUGGAGAACGUUUACCCCAUGUUGGACCCUCUCGCCGACUUGUUGGCGUAUGGAGCAUUGAUAAACAAGCUGAAGCCGGAUCUCUGCAUUGACCAAGGUCCAGUUCCAGGCAGCACACCCAUUCUCUACUCAUGCCACUACUUCGCCCCUCAGCGCUGCUACUACCGCACCAACGGACAACUUUACAUCGGUGGCAUCAAGUCCCACAAGUACAACAACAACCGCUGCCUGGUGGAUCCCGGCAAAGGCAUCUACCCGGCGCUGUACGACUGCAAGAUGGCCGCUGAGAAGAAGUUCCACAUGUUGUGGGACUUCCAACAGGGAACGUCCAUCCAGAACAGGGAGACAAAGAGGUGUCUGGAGAUCGCCACGGGUCAAGACGGCUACUACGAGCUUAUCAUUCAGCGGUGCACCGGUCAGAUCUGGAACAUACAGAAUUACAUCAAAGAGAGGGAAGUAAAGAAGGGUCAGAUCCAGCAGGCAAGGUAACAAUUCAGGGGUUUUGGGGGGGGAGCAGAGAAGUCACUUUUUGCACUGGAUGACUCACAUGGAUCACAAAAUUAUCAUUAUUGUUUUCUGUUAUAAAAAAGUAGCAGGUGUUACCCUGCACACUUAAAUGAACAGUAAAGUAUCAUCAGCAAGAGACAUUUUUACAUAGUAAAAGCCUUUAUAAGACAAAAAAAUGCAGCAGAACCUGAAAGUCAGAGCUAAACAGCACAACUACCUGAGCUUGAGCUAUAUUGUAACUAUAAUUACAAUUACAUUCCAUAUUACACAUCAACUUCCUAUCAGGGCCACCCCUCCUAAUUUGCCGUGGAUAGGGCACCACGAUCCGUUGGGGGAUCCCGUUUGUGCAUCUAAAAUCUCGUGGGGUUCCCCAGGACUUGAUUUUGGACCCCUAUUGUUCAACUUGUACAUGCUGCCAUUUGGCCAGCUAAUACGCAACUCCAAUGCGUCUUACCACGACUAUGCAGAUGACGCUCAGAUCUACGGGUCACUGAUGGCAGCUGAACGUCGGCAUGUUGAGUCACUUUGUCGUUGCAUAGGACAGAUCGUUGUGUGGAUGCAAAACAUUUUUUUCUCAGCUAAACUCAGAAAGAACUGAAAUCAUUGUCUUUGGUCCAUAGAAGCAAAAAAUAAACUAUUAUUAGUCACCUUGAGACCCGCUUACUGAAACCUAAUAAUCAGGUUACAAAUCUAGGGUUGAUAAUGAACUCAGACUUGAACUUUAACAGCCACAUAAAGUGAAUAUCAUUUAACACCUGAAGAACAUUGCCAAAAUCAGAGGAAUAAUGUCUAGACAGACUUAGAAACACUAAUCCGUGACUUUGUCUCCAGCAGGUUAGACUACUGUAAUGGCCUUCUCACUGGGCUCUCUAAACCAGCUGUAAAGCAGCUGCAGUACAUUCAGAAUGCUGCUGCUAGAGGCAUGACUAGAAUCAGGAAAUACGACCAUAUUAGUCCAGUGCUUUGGUCACUGCACUAGCUUCCUGUUGCUCAGACAAGUAGUUUCAUGGUCUUGUGCCAAAGUAUAUCUCUGACAUUUAGAACCAUUUUGGGCUCUGAGAACUUCAGGGAGUGAUCUCCUGCUGGUGCCUAGAGUCAGGACUAAACAUGGUGAAGCUGCAUUUCAGUUUUAUGGUCUUAAAAUGUGGAAUAGAUUUCCAGAAGAUGUGAGACAUGCCUCAAAGUUGGCAAUGUUCAAUUCCAGGCUGAAAACACUUAUUUAAUUGUGCAUAUGACAACUGAAAGUAUUUUAUCUACACUAUUGGAUUGAUUUUAAUUAUGAUUAUUUUUUAUGAUGAUUAUUUUUUAUUAUUUUAAUUUCAAUCAUGAUCAUUUUAAUUAUUUUAUUUUUUACUUUGCCUUUGAAUUGUCUUGUGUACGAAUUGUACUCCAUAAAUAAACUUGCCUUGCCAAAAAUGCCAA